AGAGAAGUUGAGAAAGGAAGAACAAAAAGAAACGAUGAAAAUGGUCGGAAAGAUCUUUCUCAUUUUUCUCUCCGUCUAUGUUACCGUGACUAUCGCUGGUAAAGCUCCACCACCGACAUUCACCGAGAAAGGGAAAGCUCUGGUGGAGAAACUUUGUGAAAAAUCUGAAGACAAAGCCUUUUGCGUUGCAAGUUUGACAUCACGUCCUGAGGCAGCAACCGCAACCGCACCAAAACUAGGCGUGAUCGCUUUGAGCAUCGCGUCCUCAAACGCUUCAGACACAUCUUUCUACAUCAAAGCCAAAUUGAAGCAAAAAAACCUCGAGCCAGCACUAGAAGACACCCUCGACGAUUGCUCUAAAAAUUAUUUAGAUGCAGUCGCACAGCUCGAUGAUUCUCUCGCUGCUUUGAUGCAAAACUCAUUCAUCGACGUGGAUAUUUGGCUCAAUACAGCAAUUAGUGACGGAGAGUCGUGUGAAAACGCUUUGAACGAUCGUGCUGGUAAUGAUGCUGAACUUGCUCGUAGGAACACAAACUUGUUGAAGCUUUGCAAAGACGCUCUUCUCAUUAACACUAUUUUAACUCCCUAAAUUUAAAUUUGUUGCCGAUUAAUUAUUUUAUAUUUGUGCACUUGUUUUUUUUUAAAUGGCUCGUUGAUUUGAAUCGGGUGUAAAGUUAACGAUAUUUGAAGAACUUGUUUUUUGGGAAACUUUGAAUGAGCAUAUGGGAUUUUAUAAAUAUGUGAAUGUCUUCUUUAUAUUCCCCUAAUAAUGA